UGCCCGGGGCCGGGCACAGCCCUGCCCGCACCGUGCCCCGCGCCAUGGCCAGGGGACAGCUGUCGGGGGGCGCCUGGGGGGCCCUGGUGCUGCUGGGGCUGAUGCUGCCGGCCGCCCCGGCGGGCGCCUGGUACAAGCACGUCGCCAGCCCCCGGUACCACACGGUGGGUCGCGCCUCGGGGCUGCUCAUGGGGGUCCGCCGCUCUCCCUACCUGUGGCGGCGGGAGCUGCCGGCCGAGCCCCCCCGGCACCCCGGGAGCCCCGCCGGGGACAGCGCCCCGGCAGCCCCGGGCCAUCCCGGCGGGGAGAGCCCCCCGGGCGCCGCCCCGGCCCCGCCGCCGCCGCCCGGCCCGGGGCGCCUCCUGCAGCGCCUGCUCCGGCGGGGAUGGGGAUGGGGCGGCCCCCGCCCGGCCCCUGCCCGGCCCCCGCCCGCGCCCCGCCAGCCUCAGCUCUUCCCUCUUGAGGACCUGGCUCUGAGCCGCUGACAGAGUGGUGGAGAUGCUUCCCAGGUGGGAGCUGCUCACCUGGCCGGCAGGGAAGGCUCUCCUCGUUGGAUCUGCGGGCACUCUGACCUCUCUGAAAGCACACAGACACUGACAUCCCAAAACUCUGAUUUCUCACAGCCGCUGCCCAGCUGCAGCGGUAAAUCCAUCUUGUCUCCAGGCCAGCCCUGCGCUAUGAACUCGGGGAGAAAGAAACAGGGGAGAUAUUUAUUUUUGUUUAUUUUUUUUACAUUUCUGUACUGGCUUGUUUGCAUUCUUACAGAAACAUGUACUGUUCGCUUCUUCGGAACCUGCCCUCAUUAAAAUGAGAUGUGAUCAAAGGAAA